CACAGCAGUAGUGCUUUCCUUACAACUCUCCUCCUCCUUCUCCUCCUCUUCCUUUUUUCCUUUGUCUCAGGCACCAAAAAGAAUGAACAGAUCUACAUAGUCGACAUCAGAGGCGAUCAUGGAGACAGAAUAAAGAUGCAGGAUAUAGAACAUAUCCAUCGCUCCUAUCUUGUUUCUGUGAAAGAAACUGAAGAAGAAGCUCGGGCAUCCCUUCUCUACAGUUACAAACACACCAUUAAUGGCUUCUCUGCUGUGCUUACCCCAGAAGAAGCCAAGAGGCUAUCAGAAAUGGAGGGAGUGGCUUCUGUGCGUGAGAGCCAACCAGGAAGGUACUCAUUGCAGACCACAAGGUCAUGGAAGUUUGUUGGGUUAGAAGAGCCAUUGAAUCCUUGGAAAGAAGAGGCCAUUAAGAAGAAGAAAGGAAAAGACUUGCUCUCAAAAGCUAAAUAUGGACAAGAUAUUAUUGUUGGAAUGAUAGAUAGUGGUGUGUGGCCAGAAUCAAAGAGCUUCAGAGAUGAAGGUAUGGGGCCUCUUCCACAAAGAUGGAAAGGAAUCUGCCAAAAUGGGACAGCCUUCCCUUCCUCCUUGUGUAACAGGAAGAUCAUCGGAGCUCGGUACUACCUGCAAGGCUAUGAAACAGCAUUUGGCUCUCUGAACGAGAAAGAAGACUACAAAUCAGCUCGAGACAAAGACGGCCACGGGUCCCACACAGCCUCCAUAGUCGCCGGCCGCACCGUCCCGAGCGCGUCGGCCCUCGGUGGAUACGCGAAUGGCACGGCCUCCGGCGGAGCUCCGUUGGCCCGAUUGGCCAUAUAUAAAGCGUGCUGGCCGAUCAAAGGGCAAUCCAAAGACCUCGGAAACGUGUGUACGGAUGUUGACAUGCUGAAGGCCAUCGACGAUGCCAUUGAAGACGGUGUCGACGUUCUGAGCAUUUCAAUUGCAUAUCCAAAACCUCUCUCUUACAGAGACGACGUGAUUGCGAGAGCGGCUUUGGAGGCUACGAGGAAGAACAUUGUGGUGGUUUGUAGCGCUGGCAACUCUGGGCCUUCAAGUCGGACUUUGUCCAACCCGGCUCCGUGGGUCAUUACAGUCGGGGCAAGCACUCUGGAUCGGACCUUUCUUGCCCCAGUUUUGCUCCGUAAUGGGACCAGAAUUGAGGGACGAUCAAUCACACCAAUGCAAAUGAAACGCAGCUUCCACAAAUUGGUAUUCGCAGGAGACGUUGAAAAUUCAAGCGUUGCCAAGAACGACUCAGGGUAUUGCCUGGAGGGCUCGCUGGAGGCCAAAAAGGUUAAAGGGAAGAUAGUUCUGUGCAUGAGAGGGAAAGGAGCGAGAGUUGCAAAAGGCUUAGAGGUGAGAAGAGCUGAUGGGGUUGGUUUAAUUCUGGGAAACUCUGAAGCAUUUGGAAACGACGUACCAUGUGAUCUUCAUUUUGUUUCAGCCACUGGUGUGUCGUACCAGAAUGCCCUCAAGCUUCUGCAAUAUCUGCGUUCAUCUAAUGAUCCCAAGGUUCAACUUCUUCCCGGAACCACUGUGCUGCACACUAAACCUGCUCCUCUCUUGGCCAACUUCUCUAGUCGGGGUCCUAACAUUGUCGAUCCCUUUGUUCUUAAGCCAGACAUCACAGCACCAGGAGUGGACAUAUUGGCAGCAUGGACAGAAGCAGAUGGGCCAACAAGGUCAAAUAAAGACAACAGAGUAGUGAAGUACAACAUAUUUUCUGGUACUUCCAUGUCUUGUCCUCACGUUAGUGCCGCUGCUGCUCUUCUCAAAGCUCUACACCCAACUUGGACCUCUGCUGCUAUCAGAUCUGCCCUCAUCACCACAGCUAGCACAACAGACAAUAUGGGAGAGCCAAUGAAAGAAGAAACAGGAAAACCUGCGACUCCAUUUGCAUAUGGCUCUGGCCACUUCCAACCUCUGAAAGCAUCAGACCCUGGGCUAAUUUAUGAUUCUUCCUACAUUGACUACAUUCUUCACACAUGUACCCUUGGAGAAACUCAACGAUUGAAACUCAACUAUCGCUGUCCAAAUCCAUUACCUGACCCUAACAACCUUAACUAUCCAUCCAUCCAAAUUCACAGGCUCAGUGGGAGCAAGAAGACCGUUGUGAGAGUGGUCACAAACGUUGGUAGCCCCAAGAGUGUCUACAAGUUCAGUGCUCAGUCACCAAAGGAAUACACCAUCUUAGCCUCUCCGAAUGUUCUGGAAUUUGAAAAUGUUGGGCAGAAAAAGAACUUCACCAUCACAGUGAUGGCAAAAAGAAGUCAAGUACCAGAAAAGAUUGAGUCAGAUGAAGAUCAGUACUAUUUUGGGUGGUAUGCUUGGACUUACAAGCAAUAUGUUGUUAGAAGUACAGUUGCUGUAUCUUUUCUAUAAUGUUUCUGAUAUUAUUAUGGUUGUUUCUUAGUGGCGUUUGUCUUUUACAUUUGAAUUGUACAUUAGUCAAAUGAUGGAAACAUUACAGAUAGAUAUAAAAGAAAAGGCAAAAUAAGAUUGGGAUUCAGGAAGGACAGUAGGAUCAUGGGACUGAGAUUUGGGGAUUGGUUUGUACUCUCUCAGGAUCAGCACGAUAUAAUGUCACCAUGGUUUGCUUCCUCAA